UAAAGAAUCCUCAUCAUCAUUAAAAGUAAAUGACAGUAAAGAAUUCUCUUCAUCAUCAAAAGUAAAUGACGAUAAUGAAAAUAUACAACCGAAAAAAUUAAACAUUACAUGUGAAGAUCAAUCAAAUAAUAAAAUCAAGCAACAUUCAUCAGAAGAUUUUGAGCAAGAAGUCAAAGUGUCAAAUAUUACGGAACAGCCGAAUCAGGAAAUUGUCAAAAAAGAAUUAUCUCCAGUAGUUAAUGAACCUUCACUCCAAUCUUCGGAAUCAAAGCAAAUAAAUGCUAAUCCGGUUCAAAAUAUAAAUACCAAUCAAAUAUUACUCAAUGGUAAGACCUACACGCGUAUCGAAUACCUCGGUCGUGGUGGUAGUAGCAAAGUGUAUAAGGUCAAAGAUUCGAAUUCUCAAGUUUUUGCCCUGAAAAAGGUCUCAUUUCAUAAAGUGGAAGAGUCUACUAUUGCUGGAUAUAUAAAUGAAAUUGAUUUAUUGGAAAAACUAUAUGGAAGAACUCGUAUAAUAAAAUUAUACGACCAUGAGAUCGAUUAUGAAAAAAAAACAUAUAUUGAUGGUUAA